UCCUCCAGGCAUGUUCUUCGUCUCUACACAUCAGAAUCAGCGUCUGUUUCUCUUUCUAAAUCUAUCUGUCAAUCUAUACGUAUAGAGAGAGAAAGCAACGUUCAUACAGAGACAGAUCCGAGAAGAUGCCUAACGAGUGUGGGAGGAAGUGUUCCCAUUGCGGGCACAACGGCCACAACUCCAGGACGUGCAGCAAAGGGUGCACCGGGUUCAAGUUGUUCGGCGUGAAGAUUGCAGUUUCGGCAGCCGACAACAGCGGGGAUUCCAGCAUCAGAAAGAGCAAGAGUCUGGGAAAUCUCCAGGCGUGCAACCCUGAGAAUGCGACGGGCGAGGGUUCCGGAUACCUUUCUGAUGGAUUGGUUAACCAAUCCUCCAAAUCCCAUGAGAGAAAGAAAGGCAAGCCUUGGUCUGAGGAUGAGCACAGAUCAUUCUUGGUGGGGUUGGAGAAGCUUGGGAAAGGCGACUGGAAAGGAAUCGCAAGCAAUUUUGUUCCGUCAAGGAACUCUUCUCAAGUUGCUAGUCAUGCACAGAAGUAUUUCAUCCGAAUGGCUGCAACCGAAAGGAAAAGACGCCGUGCAAGUGUUUUCGACAUUCCUCUCAACAACCAUACGAAUCGACCAUCCCAAGUCACUCUAGGUUCACAGUCUAAUAGGCCACCUGAACAAGGUUCACAUAUAGCAGUUAAUACUUCAAAGAAAACUGGUGAAGUGAAAGGACAGGCUAGCAUGGUUGCUCCUGGUGCCACUUCCGAACGCCCCCCUCUUUCACCGAUGAAAAGACGUGGAAUACCUGACUUCUGUAAUGUCCUAUACACGCCGCGAGUGUCGAGCUUUGCUCAAGGAUUUCCAGCACAAGUUGUUGUGCCUACGGUUUCUUGGGUUCCGGUGGUGAAUUUCUCGAGCCAGAGUAGUAACGUUUAUCUAUCCAACGGUCGUGGGGCUUUACCGACCUGUGGGACUAAUUUAGUGCCUCAGCCGGCAUCAAUGGCUGCGUUGCGGCAGCUGCAACCAUCCCAAGCUGCAGGCGCUGCUGCACCGACGUCUCAUAAGGAUGAGCUGAACCUCAACAUUAGGAAGUUAACGUUGUGAUGUACCUGUAUUGGUAAACGUAUGUACGUAAUGGCAGAAAAAAAACCGGGAGAUGGGAACUCUUUUCCUGUUUUUGUGUGUGUGUAUCAUCAGUAGUCCAUUUUCUUAGUCUUUGUUAGUUAUUGCUAUGUGUGUUUGCUUCACAAUUAAAACAAACCUGUUGCCGAGAUUGCUGUCAGUUUCUGGUUUGAUUGAUAUCCUGGUAAACUGCAGAAUGUUUGUCUGUCUGUAAUGGUAAGAUUUGGUUUUUGUAUGAAUUUCAAAAUUCUGUA